CCGCGAAACUGAACAUAACACCGGCAGACUGGACAAUGUUGGACUGAACCAAAGUACCUGCAGAGUUAUGGAGACUACCUAGUACGCAUCGUUAAUUUCAAGACAGGAUCAGAUCAGAUACCAUCCCUCCAACAUGUCGAUGAGCUCAGAGCAGGAGGCCUUGAUUGGGCGGGUGUUCGAAUCCUAUGUGAUAGAGCAUCAUUAUGGAGACAUCCUGCAAAUUAUCAGUGAUAAUAAUGAGGACACCCAUCACCCCGUUGUUGUCAAUGCCAUGACAUUGUUUGAGGCCAACAUGGAGGUUGGGGACUAUUUCAACGCCUAUCCCAGUGAGGUCCUGACUGUGUUUGACAAAGCACUACAGAGAGCAGCUGAGGAGGUGGCAAACAAGGAAUAUGGUGGACAAAGAAAAGAAAGGCAGAAAGUGAAGCGCACUCUGCAUGCCCGCAUCACAGGUCUGCCAGUGUGUCCAGAGCUCACAAGAGACACCAUACCCAGGACCAGAGAUGUAGGGCACUUCCUGUCUGUCACUGGCACGGUUAUACGCACCAGUGUUGCCAAGGUCCUGGAGUACGAGCGAGACUACAUGUGCGCAAAGUGUCGUCACGUUUUUACAGUGCAGGCUGACUUUGACCAGUUCUCUACAUUUGUCCCGCCCACGGCCUGCCCCAGCUCUGAUGGCUGCAACUCCUUCAAGUUCACUUGUCUGUCUGGAGGAUCUGAGCCUGCUGCCUGCAGGGACUACCAGGAGAUGAAAAUACAAGAGCAAGCUCAAAGGCUGUUAGUGGGCUCUAUUCCUCGCUCUGUGGUGGUCGUCUUGGAAGAUGAUUUGGUGGACAGUUGCAAAUCUGGGGAUGAUGUGACAGUGUAUGGAGUGGUGUGUCAGCGCUGGAGGCCCCUCUACGAUGAUGCUCACUGUAAUGUGGAACUGGUCCUGAAAGCCAACAACAUAGAAGUCAACAACCAGCAGGCCACUGCUGCUCUACUGAUGGAGGACAUGCAGAAAGACUUUGAAGACUUCUGGGACAGCUACCGGCACGACCCCAUAGCCGGCAGGAACCAGAUCUUGUUGAGUCUCUGCCCGCAGGUAUUUGGCAUGUAUGUCGUUAAGCUGGCGGUAGCCAUGGUGUUGGCUGGUGGGGUGCAGAGAAUAGAUCCCUCUGGAACCAAGAUCAGGGGUGAGUCUCAUAUGUUGCUAGUCGGUGACCCAGGCACAGGGAAGUCUCAGUUCCUGAAGUAUGCAGCUAAGAUCAUACCUCGUUCUGUGCUCACAGCUGGAAUUGGAUCCACAAGUGCAGGUUUGACAGUCGCAGCAGUGAAGGACGGAGGUGAAUGGCACCUUGAGGCAGGAGCGCUGGUGUUGUCAGACGGUGGUUUGUGCUGCAUUGAUGAAUUCAACAGCAUAAAGGAGCAUGACCGCACCAGCAUCCAUGAAGCUAUGGAGCAACAGACUAUCAGUGUGGCCAAAGCUGGUAUUGUGUGUAAGCUGAAUACUCGUAGCACCAUUCUGGCAGCCACCAACCCUAAAGGCCAGUACGAUCCUAACGAACCAGUGUCCGUCAACGUGGCUCUGGCCAGCCCUUUGUUGAGCCGCUUUGACCUGGUUCUGGUUCUGCUCGACACCAGAAACCCAGAGUGGGACCGCAUCAUCUCCUCUUUCAUUCUGGAGGAGAAGGGAGUGCCCAGUGAGUCCUCUUCCCUGUGGUCCAUGGAUAAGAUGAAGGCUUAUUUCUGCAUCAUCAAACGCCUGCAGCCACAGGUAUCUGUGGAGGCUAACAGCAUCCUGGCACGCUAUUACCAGCUACAGAGACAGAAUGAUGGCCGCAACGCAGCCAGAACCACCAUCCGCAUGCUGGAGAGUCUCAGCAGACUGGCAGAAGCCCAUGCCAGACUGAUGUACAGAGGGACUGUGACCAUAGAGGAUGCUGUCAUGGCUGUCUCUGUCAUGGAGUGUUCAAUGCAGGGUGGUGCUCUGCUGGGAGACAUAAAUGCUUUACACACCCAAUUUCCUGCUGACCCUCGUCAGCAGUAUCAAACUCAGUGUCAGAUAGUGCUGGAAGGAUUGAAGCUUCCUCAACUCCUUAACAAGGAAAUGUACAGACUUGCUAGGCUGAAGAGCAGAAAGCCGGGUUCUUGUGCUACAACUCCAAAGGCCACCCAGUCCGAUCACCCAACUGAUAACCACCAGCAUCAAAUAACAGAUACAAACUCCAUCAACAGACCACACCACUUUGACAUCACAAAUAAUUUCAUGGCAGAUGAUGUCACAGUGGAGAGAGGCUUGGACUGGUUUCACUCACUGACCAGCAGCCCAUCAAAAUUCUCCACAGACAUCAGCCCACCCACCAUUACCUCAACACAACAAAACAAUGUCAGUAGACAAUUAAAUGACACAGACUCCAGUUGGUCAGAAAUACCAGUCACACCCAAACAACUGGACAAAACUCCUAAGGGAAGAAAGCAAUGUGAGACAGACGGACAAAAUAGAAAUACAACUACACCACCAACAGAGGCAGACUCAUCAGAAUCUGUGGUGCAACAUGUCUCCAAGAAGCUGAGAGAUAAACGGCUCAGGGAGCUGGAGACAAAUUGUCACCAGUGGGACAAAGAGGGAGGAAGGCAAGUGUUAGGCCUUGAAACCAGGAGAGAUGUAGUGGAUGCUUCAGAGCAGGUAUUCUCCUCCGAUGUCCCUGUAGCACCUUAUGCUCACAGCAAACCAGCGGUCCAGAGUGAUCUCUCUGGGGAAGAUGGUAUAUGUGAGAGUGAAAACCGCAGGGAUGGGACAGGAAAAGCUACUGCUGUGGUAGCAACAAUGGUUGAUGCUGACCCUGAAGUAGGAAGAGACCUGCAUGCAAAGUUCUCAGGUUAUACAUUCAAACCAAGGGAGAAAAUGGGCAAAAUUAGACCUCUGAUCCACAACCAUGACCCUCAUACUAGCUCAGAUUUCUGCCAAAAUGAAGCUGAACCAGGCAGCACAGUUCUCCAAACCAACAGCAGUAGAAAAGCUCCAGCUAGCAGACAGAAGUCAGACAGUCAUAACUCAGAUGGCACACUGUCAGCAUGUCGACCACAAAAGGGUAAGAGACAGAGAAGUGAGGAGGAGCAGCACCUUAUUUCACCAGUAGGCAGAGGCAGGGUAAAAAAAAAUAGACUUGGCAGUGAGGAGAGAGAGAGUGGGUCUCACAGAGACAGUGCUCCUAAUAUAGGAGACAAAAUGGGGGGAACUGAUACUUGUUUUACCGCAGAAGAGCUGGAUGUUUCAGAGGAUCUUUUUUCUUUGGGAAUGGAGGAUUCAAGACUAAGAAAAGGAGCAGGCGCAAACAGCAGUGAUGGUACAGAACAGAAAUGUCAACAAGUAGUCACCAAACUUCGUAACAUCGUUAAUGAGAAUACACUGGAUACUUUUGCUCAUAACCCUCCUCAGCCAGACACCAGCAUGGAUCAUUCAGGCCCCUCCAAAUCAGAGCAGGCUAAGUCCACCCUAGCCUCCUCGACCCUGGCAAAACUUAAAAAGUUCUGUUUCACAGCCCCCACAGAGCCCACGCUUGGACCUGAAGGGACUAAAACUGUAACCACCUCUCCCACUGAAGUCCAAAAAAAUGUUAGAGAAGAUUAUGAAGCUCCAGUAGCCCUUCAAGGACAAAAAGCUACCGUGACACCAGGGACGACGUCACCAACUAAAACUCUGUCCAGUGCCAUGGCAACAAUCACUGAACGUGGACACACAACAUUACAAAACAACAAGACAGUGCCUGCCUGUACAGCAAAACACAACACUGGUCAGAUGGUAAUGGCUAAUAUUAGCCGUGUUGACUGUGAAACUACUGGCAACACUAAAAAGCGGAAGUGCUUUGAGAUAGGCCCCCCACCAAGUGGUUUUAGUCAUCACUCCAAGACCCCGUUCUCUGGACUGUCUCUGUUCAGUUCUGAAGACUUUGGUGAUGAUGUUCUCGAUAUUGAGUGGGACCAGUAUCCUGCGAAGAAAAACAAAGUCUAAAAUAUUUACCACCAUUGUGUUGUUGUGGAUAAAAUGUUUCAGUGUGUUUGCACUUAACAGCUUUUACUCAUGUUAACAUGUUGAUCAUAGUAAUGAAAGAAUACAAAUAUCUGCCCAUACUUUUUGUUUUGGGACACAGAGGUAUCACAGUUUAUUCUUGCCCUCAUACCUGAAAUGAUGCAUUUUUUUGUGUUUUGGUUCAGUGACUGUGACAUCUCAGAACAGAAACACUUUGAUUUUGGUAAUCACGUCAUCUGCUCUUAUUUUCAUCUAAUGGGUGUUUUUUUUUUUGUUUUUUUUUUUUUAAAUCCAUUUCAGAACAAAAAGUAGAAAUGAAUCAAGCAGCAUAAAAUUCAGAAUUUUAUUCAGUUCUCAUGUCUCUGGGAAGCACGUGGAGGAUAUGGUCUGUCAGGACUUUUGCUAAGAAGACAUUAAGCCAUACUUCCUUCCUGUAUUGCUAAAAAGGAGGCGAUGCAAAAAUAGCAAUAUUCAUAAAUAUAAAGUAUCAUAACUGUGUCUUUUGUGUUACUAAAAAAAAUCAUUGAACAUGAACCUCAGUAAUUUCAUGUCUUAUAAAUUCCUGUGAUAACUGUUCUGUUCUAAACUUGGUGUAUUUAAGUGUUAGUACCGAAUACUGUUCACAUAAAUAUUCAUUUAAUGGCAAAAAAAAAAAAAAAAAAAAAGCUCUACAGAUAUGGCUUAGAGUUAUGAUCCAUUUUCUGUGGACAUGGCAGCUAUGCAGUGUCAUCCUAUAACAGCUCGCCAUGCCAGAGCGAUAACCACAUUCAGGCCUGUAGUGAAGCAACUUCAUGAUGACGUGAUGACUAGUGAUUUUUUUUUUUUUUUUUUUUUUUUUAAUCACGUGUCCAUUUUCUGUUGUAGUUGAGCAGUCACAUUUUCCAUUACUUGAACUUGUUUAAGUCUUUGUAUGGUGUGCAUGGUGGUGCUGAUGCGUAUUUAUCCACACGACACUGAUCAUUUACCUUGUAGUCAUUAAAAGUGAAAGCUUC